AUGGGAAACUACAUGUCUUCUGGUCGAAAUGGCAGGGGCAAAAUUGUUCACUGGGAUGGAUCGGUUCAAGAAUUUGAUAAACCCGUGACGGUGGCUGAGCUCAUGCUGGAGCAUCCUCAACAGCGGGUGGUGGAGUUCCAUUCUGCUGUCAACCAGAGAAGGCCAAAUCCGUUACCCGCCGAUCAAAAUCUUCAAACCGACAACAUUUAUCUGAUGCUUCCCAUGAAGCGAGGCAAGCCCCUCGGGUUAAACGCUCAGGAUGCUCGUCGUUUUCUUCUGAUUCUCAACUCCGCUGGUCUGCGUUCCAAGUCCCUCCUUCCCUCUUCUUCCGGCAGAUUUCUUCCUUGGCUUGGUCGCAUGUGCCACCAUCCCAAUGCAGUAGCAGCAGGUCAUCCCACACAAAAAAAGCCACAGAUAUCGGAAGAGGAGCAGACGGAAGAGGUGUGCAGGGACGUGUUCCCUGAGAUUCUUCAGCCUGAAAGACCUGAAUAUUUGAGUCGUGAGCUUUCCGGGAAAGGGUGGAAGCCCAGCUUGGAGCCGAUCACAGAGAAGAAAAUCGAAACAAAAAUCUCUCACUGGUUGUUCUUCAAGGCUUUCUAG